AUGGGGAAAUUGUCCGAAAAUACACAAGCUGAAGAAGUACCAGAAAACGGUGCAAAUCUUGAGAUCAUGAAAGAACCUGUGACAGAAAAAGAGGAAUAUUUAUCUCUUUGUCAACUUGUCAAUCCAAUUUCACAACCUCUCGCGUCUAGAAAAUUGGCUAAAAAACUUUAUAAGUUGGUGAAGAAAUCAGCUAAAGAAAAGGGAUCUUUACGGCAUGGUCUUUCUGAUGUUAUGAAGGCUAUUAGAAAGAAUGAGAAGGGUAUACUUAUACUUGCAGGUUAUUUUCUAAAUUUUGAAUUCACUUUAACAUAUUAA